AUGCCAAAACCCUCAGGUGAGGAACCCAAGGGGAAGGUUUCGAGUUCACGCAAAAGGCCAGCUCCCAGAGAUCGUGAUGAGAAUGGUAAAAUUAUCGGUAGUAUGACUUCUAAGGCGUCGCGCAAACGCCGUUGUGCCCGAAUCACCAUGGCAUCACUCCAAAUUGAUGAUGAAAAUGAUGAUCUGAGCCAGUUUACACCUAGUUUCGACGCCAAUUCUCAUUCGCAUAAUACCUGGGGUAUCCCCUCUUCGGCGGUGAUUGUAGCCCCGAAGCGCAAGCGUAGAUCCGCCACUUCCAAGCAACGACCAGGACUCGGCCGUAAUCAUGCAGCACGCAGUGCAGGUCUCUUCAACCGCUACCCAGAACUGUGCAGUCCUGAGACUACACCCGAACCAGUGGAAGUGAAUAGUCCAACUCGUUCUCCAUUCCUGCGCUAUCCCUUGGAAGUCCGUGAGCGAAUCUAUGGGUAUUUUCUUCGUUCCCCAAACUCGAUCCUCGUGAACUAUGAUUGGGAAGCUGUCGAACGCUGUCCCGAUUUCGUUGUCAAAAAGAUAUUGUUCAUAUGCAAACAGAUCAGUGCAGAGGCUCUCUUGUUCCUCUAUAAAAACAAUACCUUCCAUGCUCUGCUCCGAGAGAACAUGUCACGACUACCUGCCUGGAGCAUCCCAAAAAUUACAACCACCUAUUUAACUUUGGUAAAAAAUGUGGUUCUCGAAUGUCCAAAAGACAAUUGGAAUCUGGACUGGUAUUACAAGGCAGCAGGAAGCAUUGAAACCUUGGUAGUGGCGAAGCCAGCACUGAAAACUUUCACCAUCGUAUUGACACCGCGGCAGGUUGGCUUCACUUCGACAGCUUUGGGAUUUGAACAUACUCCUAUAACUUUUGCAAAUUUUCUAUGGGAAGAUGGAGAGGUAAUGAAUGCUAUCAUGAAGUUGAGCUGCAAAAAAUUAAGAAUUGUUGUGAAGAAAGGUGAUAGGAGGAGACUUGUUCUAGAGGUAGAUAUUCAUGGUGGAAUCCUUGCGACAACGGAUGAUCAGGAGGAUUGGUUUAAGGAAGAUAAGGUACACCGGCUAUCAAGACUUUCUUUGCAAACUAGUGUGAGAAAAGAACUGGCUGGAUUGAAAGAUAAGUUUGAGCAGAUCUUUGAUGACGAGGAGAAAGCUAUUGAGAUGGGAUGGUGCAGGGUGAUGGAUUCAGGCGAAAGAUUAGUCAACGGUCGGCGUUGGCUAUAA